UUUAACCAUAAGGAGUGGAAGUACAUCUUCUAUUGCUGCACUGCGGUUUCUGAAGGCAGAUAUUGACAUUCUCAAUGCUGCGGGUGCAACACCUAUAGAAAAAGCUAUUAAAACGAACAGCGUUCCAUCUAUCAAGGAACUGAUAUUGGCUGGUGCUAAAAUUGAGAACCAGUUGUCCAGAGGAAAUUCUUAUCUCCAUACUGCGGCUUCUUCUGGCAAGAAUGAUCUCAGAUUCAAGAGUAAUGACACAUUAGUUCCUUUAAUAGUUCAUUCGAUUAAUGCAACUGAAAUGCUCAAAGUACUGAAAGGUCAGAGAGUGCCAUUAAACACCAAAAAUGAGGAUGGUUUUGCACCCUUACAUAUGGCUACUGAUCCACCAAUUAUUGAGGUGCUGCUGGAGAUGGGUGUGGGUGUCCCCAAGGAGGGAGGAUCAGCUCUCCAUAUAGCUUCAACCUAAGGAUAUCUGAAUGUCAUCAAAAUUCUAGCACCAUGCAUGAAUUGACAAACAAGACAACCAUGAUGAAACGCGCUUAGAAAAGAAAUGGGUCCUCCCAGACUACUGGCUCUCACAGAUCCUCACGGGGCAUGGGGGUUUCAGAGCGAAACUUUUUAAACAUGGUAAAAAUAUCGAUCCCUUAUGCCCCACUUGUGGAGUACCUGAAACCGCUGAGCACAUCCUUGUAGCCUGCACCAGCUAUGAGGCAUUGAGGGCCAAAUUAAUGAGGGAUACAGGGCUUUACGUUCUAACAGAAAGACAAUUACUCCAACUGAUGUCUAAACAAAACUACCCGCAAUUUAAAAGUUUUGUAUGCGGGUGGAAAAAAACUGUGGGCCCAACCCCUUCUCCCUGGGUAGGCGCGAAGAAGCAGUACCUAGAAGGCCGCUGAUCAGGACAGGAGAAGAAGAUGGAGGACGAUAAAAUAAGAGACAAAAUUAUGAAGCAGGCUGUGUGCACAGCAAUUUAAAAAUGUAAAAAGAUAAACUUGCAAAGGGUAGGGAAGAAAAUAAAAUAAAAAAUAACCAUGAUGAAACCGCUCUGAUCUUUAUUGCGAAAUCAAAGACAAAUAUUCUAGUUAUGUUUUUAUUGUACAGCGGUGCAGAUCUAACACUCAAGAAUAAAGGUCGGACAGCCCUACACUUCGCCUCUGAAGGAGUUUGCGUUGACUAUGCAUUAACGUUGUUGGACAGCGGAGCAAAAGUGGAUGAAAGAGACACAUUAUGGUGACAUCAGUGUGGUCUAGACCUCAGUAUAGAGCGCAUGAUUGAAGUUUACUAGUUUUAUAAUCAGUGAGUGAGUUUAAAAGUUUUUAGACUUAGUUUUGUUAUAGUUUUUGGCUAGAACUAACUAUUAAUUGUGCUGUAUACAUGGACAGAAUUCACAGAAUCCUAACUAUACCGCGUCUCACAUUAGAAGAAGAAAGGAAGCUAUCUCAGUUUUAGACGGCUUACAGGUCCCUAAGACAUAUUAGUUAAGAAUAGAAGUGAGGAGCGCAUGCGGAGAAAUAAGACUAGCUAAAGGAUAUUUCUCAGUGUCUCCAGUGACAGGGUUGGAGUAGCACCAAUUUUUUUACCACUUCUCUUACGUGUAUUUUUUUUCCCACAUAUUUUACACAUAUCAAGAUGGUUCUAUGCCCAAUUUGCAGACAGACCGUAGUCAGAGAGGACAAAAGAACAUUAGUAUGUUCUAUUACGACGUGUCAAGCUAUCUUGCAUGGUAAAUGCUUAAACACAGAUGAGACGGAAUCUGAAGCAAGAAAAAAUUAGGUAUGCCUGAAUGUGAAAAGGCCCAGAAAAAUAUCAAAUACCAAGAUCGGCUCCACAACAACAAACUGUCGAUGCCUCGCCCCAAUUACUACUUUCUGCCAUUAAAGACCUUAUAGAAGAGGUCAAGGGGGGAUUAACAUUCUCCCUCAAUGCCAAUACUAAUUAAGUGAAAGAACUAAAAAUAUCCCUUGAAAAGCAAGCCUCUAUCACUUUCGAGAAUGCGGCGAAAGUGGAUACUAUAGAGUUACUACUGGAGGCUCAAAACUCUAAGAUCGACGGACUGGUCCUAGAGAACACGACCGACCAAGUUAUAAACUAUGAAUAAUCCCAUGCACUACAUCAUGCAGCAGCAUACAGACGAGUUGGCAUGGUAACUUUACUGUUGAAAUGUGGAGUGCCCAUCAAUAAUAAGGAUAAAAUUGGAUGGACUGCACAACAUUAUGUAGAAACAAAAGAACAAUAUGAUAUUAUGACUUUACUUUUAGAACGUGAAGCUAAGAGUUUAGCCAAUAUCGAGCACGACACCAAUAAUGAAAGCAUCUGAAAAUGGCCAUUUGGAUGUGGUGAAGCUUCUAAUUGAACAAGCAGCAAAAGGGGAAGUUGGCGUGGUGACUUUAAUUUUAGAGUGUGGAGCAGAUCUAACAGUUAAGUCAGAUGUGGUGAAGCUUCUAAUUGACCGAGGAGCGCCUAUCAACGAUAAGGAUAAGAACGGAUGGACUUCACUACAUCAUGUAGUAGCAAAGGGGCAAGUUGGCGUGGUGACUUUAAUUUUAGAGCGUGGAUCAGAUCUAACAGUUAAGUCAGAUGUGGUGAAGCUUCUAAUUGACCGACGAGCGCCUAUCAACGAUAAGGAUAAGAACGGAUGGACUUCACUACAUCAUGUAGUAGCAAAGGGGCAAGUUGGCGUGGUGACUUUAAUUUUAGAGAGUGGAGCAGAUCUAACAGUCAGAGAUAGGGAUGUGCAACAAAAUCUGCAAAGAGAAAUCAAAAAACUUACACUAGAUGAGGUAGUGUUAGCUUGUAAGAGUGCUGAGAUGAGUCGUCUAUAUUCACAGCGAUUAACAGUAAAAGACACUCCUGAGGUUAACUCUACCAGAGGUAAAAAAAUUCUCCCAAACAAUACAAACAAGCCUAAAUCUGAAGAAUAA